AUGUUCUUUGCAGAUGACACCAACACAAUGCGGACCACAAUCACCAUGCACCCUUCCAGAUUUCUGCAACUAUGCGGCGUCAGGUUUGGGCUCAGAUUCGCUCUUUCAAAGGCCCCUGGAAACAUCGAACACGCAUUGCAAGCAUAUAGAGCCGUCCCAGAUAAUGCGAUAAUCUUCAAGCUAUGCUGGGAGGGUCGUAUCGAUGCCAUUAACCUCCUGUUCGAACAGGGGCUUGCUUCGCCUUUGGAUACUGAUUCUUAUGGACAAACACCUUUGAUGAUAGCAGCGGUUGCCGGAGAACUUGAAACUUGUAAGUUUCUCAUGGAACAGGGAGCUGAUGUAGAAGUACGAAACGGGCGCGGAGAGAAUCUUGUAAUGUAUGCCAUUGAUGCUGCGGCAAUGCCGGGCCAUUGGCUAGGGCCUGGGCCUGGGCGAGGGUGGGGCCCGAGGUCGGAGUAUGACAUCGAUGUUUCUGAUGCCGAGAAAUCUGCCCGAGUCCCUUGCGAAAGUCGAUUUGAGAUGCUAAAGCUAAUAACUCAAAAUGCAUGUCCCGCAGACAGUUGUCGCCAUGAGCCUAAUCGCCUCGCACUUUUUUGUUGGGCCUUCACAUUAGUUCGAGAAGAGCUCCAUUCCAAUGGAGGCAUUGAUUCGAUAUGGUUGAAAGAUGCAAUAUACCAUGAGGAUAUAGACACCGUUGACUACAUUCUCAAGUCAGGCGGUCAUGGGGUAAUGGAUAUUGCGACCAAACACACUAUAUUGUUCACUGUUUCCUCCAGGAUGAAAAUAUCCGAUCAAACACAUCUCAUUCAUUGCGCGAUGAGCCAUGGCUUCAAUCUUCAUCAACCUUUAAUGUUCUUUGUCAACCCUGACUACGGAUUCCCCACCACAAUGGCGAUGCAGGCCUUGCGAUCAUCGGCUGCAUUCUCCAGGUUUAGAACCACACUGCAACUUUUAGGUAUAAAUAAAACUACCUUUGUUCACAAUGAGAUACAACAGAGCCCCGCUGUCGCCGAUGGUUGGACUAUUGACAGCCUUCAAAUUGUCUUUGAUUUGGUUUAUAUACCUAUCAAGUAUCCACCCAAUUUCUUGUGUUGGGAAGAAGAAUGCAUGCACGACACCGAAUACAUGUACGACACCGCACACGAGGCUGAAGAGGUGUCUUGGAAUUUUAUGCUGGACAAAUUGAAGGAAUUGAACAUCGGGGAUGCACUUGCAAGCAAUGUGGAUGCAAUACUCCGGGAGCGAGAGGUGGAUAUCAUUAAGUUUAGGGAUGUCGAUGGGCGUGUCUGUUCAAACUGUGGUGAAGUCGGUAGAUAUUAUGCUACUGGUGAUGAAUACGAUGAAGCAUAUUCGGAUUGGAUCGGGCAUUGGUACCGAUUGAAAAAGGAGGCAGAGACAAAGGAGGCAGAAAAGGCAGAGGUGGAGGAUUCAAUGUUUCUCUUGUCUCUUUGA